AUGCCUUCGCUCACGAACUCGCUCCCUUUCUCGCCAGCCGAGCUUGCCUACCUGCAUACCUCCUUAUCCUCCGUACCUCCUCUGCGCCCAGAUGCGCGCCCGCUACCGACCGACUUUCGAGCACUGAGAGCGGAGACAGGUCUACUUCCCGCCGUGAACGGCAGCGCACACGUCGGGUUUAGUGAUGGGCGUGAAGCCAUUGUCGGUGUCAAGCUCGAGGUUGAAAAGACUGUCGGAGGAACCAGCAUCUCGAAUCCUGAAGAUGGCGCAAUGGACAUUGAUACAGACCAUCACGACCAGAACAUGAGUCACAAACGCGGAAAGGGAAAACCUGGAUGGGUGACCCUGACGCUCACGCUCCCUGGCCUCCGAGAUGAUGACCCAAACUUGGUCUUCCUGGAGGAAAUGCUUCGCGAGCCCUUGGCAGUACCCUCUUCUUCGAACGCUACGUCGCUGCAGGACAGCUUGAUCAUCAAUACUCGGUGGCACUGGCACGCAUACAUCGAUGUCCUUCUCAUCUCGCCCAAUGGACUCGCAAGCUACCCUCUCCCACUAUUGAGCAUGGCGACGCAUUUGGCAUUACGCGACACCCGCAUCCCAAAGCUGAAAAGCGAAGGGGAGGAGGACCCCAUAGCAGAUGACGAUUGGAUGGCGAGCACGUACCUCUAUCCACGUACCACGCCGUCUGGUGCAAAACCCCCUGUGACACUACUUGUCGUCGUGGUCGGCGAGAACAUCAUUUUUGACCCCAGUCGAGAAGAGCUCGCGGUUGCGGACAGCAUCAUUGCCGUGAGCGUCGGAAAUACCACGAAGGAAGGAGAAUUUCAACUGCUUGCGACGCGGAUGAUCAACACUCCCGCAAGGGAUACCAUGAAGGGUGUACCACUGUCCGGUGAGACGCAAGAAUGGGUUGAUGUGCCUGGUGUUUGGCGGCCGAGGAUUGGCGGUGUCAAGAGAGCUCUGCUGAAGAAGGUGAUCAAUACAGUACUUACCAAAGGGGUUGCUCAGGAUGUUAUGAGCGGCCUGGAUGGAUUUAUGAGUCUCGAGCUGAGUGCUGAGACGGGUAGGAGUGUGGGAUGA